AUGUCGGUGUCAGGGACUCGCUUCGACGAAUACGACGGAGAAAAACCUGUCUAUUUUGUCUUCAUUUUUAAUGUAUUCCCUAGAAGCACCAGCUUGUCACCCAACGGUCCGGAAAUUGGUGGGGAUAUGUACUGCCAACAGACGUUACGAUCCUGUAACGCUAUAACACGUGAUGUUCCACUGACUGCAGCUGCUGCUGUUGUUCAUGGUCAUGAUGAUGAUGGUGACAAGGAUAUGUCACCUAUUCAUCCACCAUUACAAUUUACUUUUCAUUUUUUCCUUCUCCCCGGUAUUAUUCUUUCCUGUCGUUCUUUUUUUAUAUUCAUUUUUUAUUUUCCCUUUCUUUCCUCUAUCACUUCUUUUUCUUCAUGCACUUUUCGUCGGUGUUUUUUGCAUUCUUUCCAUUCUUUACCAAAAUUCUCUUUCUUUCACGUCAGUGUUUCUUCUUCUUCUUCUUCUUCUUCUUCUUCUUCUUCUUCUUCUUCUUCUUCUUUAUAUUUGCUCUGUUUUCUUGCUCAAUAUUUUCCCUUUCUCGUCACCACCAUUUCUAUUCGUUUCUUCUUCUUCUUCUUCUUCUUCUUCUUCUUCUUCUUCUUCAUCAUCAUGGUGGACCGAAAAUCUAUCUUCUUCUUUUUCUUCCUCUUCUUCUUCUAUAGAUUCUUUAUUGCUCAUUGUUCAUCCUUUUAUUCUUUCUUUUACUCUUGUGAAUGCCAUUUCUUUAUUAUCUUUUAUUGUUAUCUUUUCUUUUUCUCCGAAUUCUUUUUUCUCCACUUCAUAUUCUGUUUCAUCGUCUCUCUUUUCUUCUUCUUCUUCUUCUUCUUCUUCUUCUAUUUUCAAUUUGUCUUUUUCAUUUUCUUCCCUUUCUUCCUUCCUCCAUCCUCACGUUGCUUCUUUCCUCCUCUUUCUUUUACUUUUCGUCCUCUUCAUUUUCCCCAUUUUCUUGUUUAUCCUACUCCUACUCCUCCUACUCCUCCUCCUACUCCUACUCUUACUCCUCUUCUUCUUUUUACUUCCUCUUCCUUUUUCUUCUAUUUUCAAUUCGCCUUUUUCAUUUUCUUCCCUUUCUUCAUCCUCACUUUGAUUCUUUCCUCCUCUCCAAAUCUUUCUUUUACUUUCCGUCCUCUUCUUGAUUAUCCUCCUGUUCCUCUUCUUCUUCUUCUUCUUCUUCUUCUUCUAUUUUCAAUUUGUCUUUUUCAUUUUCUUCCCUUUCUUCCUGUCUUCAUCCUCACUUUGCUUCUUUCCUCCUCUUUUACUUUUCGUCCUCUUCAUUUUCCCCAUUUUCUUGUUUAUGCUCCUCCUCCUACUCCUCUUCUUUUUUCUUCUUCUUUUUCUCCUAUUUUCAUUUCGCCUUUUUCAUUUUGUUCCCUUUCUUCAUCCUCACUUUGA